AUGCUAAACGUAUCAGGAGAAGAUUCUCUUUCUAAUGGCACUAUUAGGAUAUGGAUAUCUGAAUUCAAUCAUGAAAAAACAAGCUUAGAAGAUGAUCCACGCAGUUUCGCCUUAAAAAUGCAACGACCAAAGAAAUCAUUAAAAAAGUCUUCGAAAUG